GGCUCCGGAAACAUCCCGGAGGGUUGAUGAAGCUGAUUCUUCCCGCGCCUGAAGCAGGACGGAUGUUUAAUGUGAAAUGAAGAUGUGCUGCACUUUGUGACUUGCACCAGCAGCAUUCCAGGAUGGAACUCUAUGGCUAUCCCUUAAAAGCCAAGUUUAACCAGCCACGACCACCACCUCCCAAGGUCCUGCCAGCUGCCAGCACUGUGGCUGCCAACAAGAACCACAUUCCCUCUCAUCCCGAGAGCUUCAGCAUGCCAUGGAUGCCCAACUCCUACUACAAAGCAGCUGCCCUCAACCCCACCUUGGCUCCCCUCACCGAAAACUUCCCUGGGCUUCCCCCCACCAAGAUAGUUCCUUUUAUUUCUGAGAGACCCAACGGUGUCUUCACCCGGCACACGCUGGAUGACUGGCACAGGUCCAACAUGACCAACUACAAGGAGUCGGAGACGACGCGGCACAACGCGGAGCGCCUGCGUGCCGACCUGAACCGCGCCAUCAAGGACGUGUACCAGCAGGCCAAGAGAACCCAAGGCGAGAGCACCAGGAACCUGGGAGAGCGCGUCAACGACAUCGAGUACUGGAAAUCCGAGCUCUGCAUCGAGCUGGAUGCCAUGAUCAGGGAGACCAAUUCCCUGGCAGAUAUGCAGAAACGGCUGGAGAGAGCCUUGGCCGACACCGAGGGCCCCUUCCAGGUGGCUCACAAGUGUUUACUCAAUCGGGAGAAGAGGAUGGGCAUCGACUUGGUCAAUGACGACGUGGAGAAACAGCUCCUCACAGAAAUCAAGAUCAUCAGGUCCUGCCGGGAGAGGUUACAGCAGUGCCUGGACACAGUGAAUGCCCAGCUCAUGUGCAACAAGGAGGCCCGGCAGGAGCUGGAGAAGGACCUGGCUGACAAGCAGUUGGGCCACCACAUCGACAGCAAGUGCUACCAGCUGAAGAACACCUCCAGAGACAUCCACUUCUUCAAGGGCGUGGAGAGGAUCGAUGCCACGGUCUCGGUGCCCGAGACGUGGGCCAGGUUCACGGACAACAACAUCUUCCGCUCGCAGAGCGCGCGGGCGACCUCGGCCAAGCUGCGGGCGAGCACCGAGAGCCUCCUCAUGGGCACGGCCGACGAGAUGUGGCGCCAGUUCAGCAAGGUCAACGACGCCUUCACCAGCCGCAUCACCGAGACCGCCAACGCCAAGAGCAAGAUCCAGACACACCUGGCCAAGACACGGCAGGAAAUCUUCCAGAUCGAGACAAAGAUCCAGGUCAUCCAGAAGACCAUAAAGGACAAAGAGGCUCAGCUGAAGGUGGCUCAAACCCGGCUGGAUGAGCGCACAAGGAGACCCAACGUGGAGCUGUGCCGGGACGCUGCCCAGAUCCGCCUUGUCCAAGAGGUCAACGAGAUCAACGAGACGCUGCGGAACCUGCACCAGUGCCUGCGGGCCUCGGAGGACAUGCUGCAGAUGCUGGUGCGCUCCAAGGGGGUCCUGGAGCAGGACCUGGUGGUCAAGAACAACUCCCUGUUCAUCGACCAGGAGCGCUGCAUGGGCAUGCGCAAGAGCUACCCCAGCACCGUGCAGAUCCUGGGCUAUGUCUCAGCAGGACUCACCUGA